GUUUCAACAUAGCGAAUGGCGGGUCGAACCGGCAGCGGAUUUUAAUUAUGAGGGCGGGACUGAGAGUGGAAAGAGCUAUCGCGAAAUUCGUUGGUAGAAAUUAUUAUCGGACUUUUUGGCGUUGCUUUGGAAGGCUUAUCUUAGCGGCCCGCACCGCCUGCUGGAUUGGGUGUGGCAGUAUCGACCAUCCACAACGACUGAUCCAGGAACGCCAGGGUCGCGGUGGAAGGACGGAUAUGGCUUGAAUAUAGUAAUUAAAGUUGGAUGUCGCGCGAUUCGUGCCUUUCGUUAGUUCAUAUUUCAUAUUUGAUAAAAGGUAUACUGCUAUUUUGAAGCGCAGCCGGCCAACCAAUACACUCGACUACAAGUGGUGACGCCAUGGAUUUCCUCCAUAUGCGCCGUGACUACCAGUCUUUGGGACAUUUGGAAAAUUAUCAGUUUAGGGCGUACCUUGAUCUUAGGGAAAUGGACAAAUGACACAAGCCCUGUGCCUGUCAUGGCAUCAUAUAGAGCCAUCGCUGACAAUACUCAAAAACUCUGUUCUAACGGUUUAAAUAGUCUCCUUCCCAGCAGGUAGAUCUUGAGUUAUAUCAACCUUGUACAGUCCUCAACAACACAUUUUUCCUUUUAACGACUUCCGAUUCCAAGUCAAACAAAAUGGGCACUCCAAAGUACGAGAAUGGGCAGGUGGUAUUUUAUAGGCCAAUGUCUGGCGGAAACGCCGAAUCCACAGAGAGCACGGGUAUCAUCACCGAUAUUCUCAUGGAGCCUGGCCUGCAGGCCAACAUGAGCGUGAAUGCCAGUGCGGCACAACCGCGGUACGAGAUUAAAAACUACAAUACCGGCCAUACCAUCAGCGUGUUCGAGGAGAAUAUCCUAGGGAAGGCUUAAAGGUUGUGGAUUGCGUGUGGUCACUUUCGGUUAGAUAGUGCGAGGAUCCCAUAGCGGCGCCAAUAUAUCAUUUCCUUUCGAGAAAUAGCUUGUUAUUUUAGCCUUUUGGGAUUGUGGAUCUAUAGGUGCUUGUCGUCCAGGUUAUGCUCUUAAACCUAUGGAAGAUAGGUGGGCCUCAUUCCCAUGACGCAAGAUCGUGUGUGUUGAUGAACGUGGCAACCUCCGUGGUGAGAGGACGAGGGGUGAUGGAUAGAAAAGAAAGGGAAAGUAAGGGAAGGAGCGAAGGACAGAAAAGCAGGGGAAGGAGCGAAGGGCGGAAGGAGCAAAUGGCAAAGGAUGGAAAGGGGUAAAUGGGAAAAGAGCAAAGUUAGGAAGGAGCGAAGCAGCAAAGCAUCGUAGGAAAGAGAAACGGAAGGAGCGAAGGAAGGAAGGAAGGAAGGACGGAAGGAAUGAAGGGAGGCAGGCAAGAGCGAUGGUUCACAUCAUCUACCCUGCCUGUCAUUUCUCAACGAAGUUUGAUAUCCAUCCAUCCAUAGGAAGAGGAAAGGAUGAGAACAAUCAUCUUCGCCGCCAUCAAAUAGUUUCUCAUCCCAGCUCCCUCAGCCGCUG